AUGGGUCCUACCACCGUCACUCGAGGCCGCAAUGAUGUGCAGCUAGCACAAAAUGUGGCUGGAGCGGAUUUCAAAGACUUUAGCUAUGAGGUGCGAGUCACCUCUCCAAGUAACGGAGAGGAGAACCCUGAUGAGAUCACUCUUGAGACCUGGCAUGCAGGCGAGGCUCAAAAAUCGGCCAACGUGGUGACCCAGGAUGCACCUCGUGGUAUGCAGCAGGCAGAGGCUGCAGCGUUGGCUUGGAGUAAGAAGAUUGCCUAUCUCACUUAUGCCCUGAUCUGGCUCUCCUUCUUUAUGCUAGCCCUACAAUCCUCAAUUAGCAGCAAUGUGAUCCAGAAUGCCUACGCCACCUUUGAAGCUGCCCCUCAAGUGAGCACUGCAAGCAUUGCAGCCAGCGUGAUCAGCGGUGUCGUCAGACUCCCAGCUGCGAAAUUGUUGAACGUCUGGGGAAGAACAGAAGGAUUUCUAGUCUUCGUCGGUGUUUACCUCCUUGGACUUGUCAUUCUUGCAGCGUGUAACAACCCCAGCUCCUAUGCAGCCGGUUAUGUGCUCUACUGGGUCGGCUAUGAUGCGGUUUAUCUCAUUCUCGAUGUAUUCAUGGCCGAUACUGCCGGGAUGCGUAACCGAGCCUUUGCCUUUGGUUUCGCCAGCACUCCUUUUAUCUGCACGGCAUUCACCGGCCCCUUGGCAGCAGAGUCAUUCAUCAAGACAGCAUCAUGGCGCUGGGCAUACGGUGUCUUUGCUAUUGUGAUGCCAUUUGUAUUCAUUCCUCUGGCCGUGAUAUUCAAAUUCUACCAACGAAAGGCGGAGAUCCAUUACUUUCACGAAUUUGAUGUAAUCGGUGCAUUUCUCUUGACCGCUGCCUUCCUCCUCCUUCUCCUCCCAUUCAGUCUCGCAUCGUACGGACGCGCCGAGUAUAAGAGUGCCACUUUCAUCUGUAUGAUUGUCAUCGGAUUUGUGCUGUUCUUUGUGUUUGGCCUCUGGGAGCGAUUCGGGGCGCGCAAUCACUUCAUCAAAUGGCGAGUAUUCAAGCAGCCCACGGUAGUAGGGGCCUGCGGUCUUGCAGGGUGCCUCUUCUUUAGUUACUACACUUGGGAGCUUUACUUCUACAACUUCUGCAUGGUUGUCUACGAGCUGAGCAUCGGCAUGGCCGGCUACGUCGGGCAGAUCUACAACGUGGGCUCAUGCUUCUGGUCUGCUGUCUUCGGUAUAGCUGUCUAUCUCACACGGCAGUUCAAGUAUACCUGUUUGGGAUUCGGACUACCCCUGGUCUUACUUGGGGCAGGGUUGAUGAUCCACUUUCGAUCGGCUGGUGGAGGCAUCGGGUAUAUUGUGAUGUGUCAGAUAUUCAUUGCCUUUGGUGGUGGCACCCUAGUCAUCGGUGAAGACAUGGCAGUCAUGGCUGCCUCAGAUCGUGAGGGUGUCCCCAUGAUGCUUUCCUUGAUUGGUCUCUUCUCGAGUCUGGGCGGUGCCGUAGGCUAUGCAGUUGCGGCUGCGAUCUACACCAACACCUUCCCUGGUGCACUGAGGGAUGCAUUACCCGAGGGCAGCAAGGACAAAGCGAUGGAGAUCUACGUGGGCGGGUAUAUCACGCAGCUCAAGUAUCCCGUUGGUUCCGCUAUUCGUGAUGCCAUUAAUACGGCCUACGGCGUCUACAUGAAAUACGCGUGUAUUGCAGCCGUGGUAGCGAUGGCCCUGGGGAUCCCCUGCGUGGCCAUGUGGAAGAACUUCCGGCUGAACAAGCCACAGAACAAGGGCGAGGUGAUGUGA